AGCACACAGGGGAGACGUCGAGGUGGCGUGGCUGCUGGUGGAGGCGGGGGCGGCGGUGGACGCCAGAGACAGCUGGUGGCAGAGGACGCCUCUGCACGUGGCUGCAAUGUGGGGCGGCACUGCUGUGGCGAGGCUGCUUCUGAGGGCGACUGCCGAUCCCAACGCCAGGGAUGGCAGAGGGUGGACGCCGCUGCACUGGGCGGCAGCCAAUGGCCAUGCAGAAGUUGCGGCUGUGCUGCUCGAGGCGGGAGCUGACAAGGGUGCCACAGCUAGUGAUGGUCGGACAGCACUGGACCUCGCCAGUGAUGAAAACGAGAGGAGGCUGAUGGAGUUGCUGUCAUGAGGCAGCCACUCCAACGGACUCUCUGUAAAAAACAGAACUGAAACAACUUCUCCAGUAAU